GCAGUGCUCCGGCGGCUCCGCGCCCGGCACUCCGGGACCCGGAGCCGGGAAGGUAGGUGCUGCGCCGCCGCCACAAGGGUCCCGCAGCCGGCUCCAGCGAGCGGGCUCCUCUUGCCGCGGCCCUACGCCCGGCGACCGCGUCAGCCGGCCGGCGCGCAACCACAGCUGCCUCCGCCCGCCUCGGGCCCGGAGGACGUUUGCCGCCCCGGCGACGUCAGCGCGUCCGGCGUUGCUUGGCUACCCCGCCGUUCCCCUGUCCCGCUGCCUUUGGUCUCCCCGGGUGAAACUGACGCAGUCAUCGCGGGUCUGGGCUGCGACAUGGCAGCGGGCAUCCCACCUUCACGUCACACCUCUCCCUCACUUAGACACUCAUCCGUUCCUCCCUGCAAACCACGACGUAUUGCCCCCUCACUCUGGUCCUCACGCUCCCGAUAUGGCAGGAGAAGAUGGAGAACGGGUGGGACAGAGUUGUGGCCAGUGCUUGAGAGAGGCUCCUGAGGUGGUACCCAAUAGUGAUAAAAGGCAAAACGUGGACGUCUCUAACGCUAUUACUUCCACUGAGAUCGAGUAAUGGAGAGUGAGAGGAAGGACCAAGCCAGAGGAGCACAAACAAGGCCAUAUUAUGGCUGCCCUCUACACCACCACCCCCAGCUCCAAAUCCUCUCCGUUCUUUACUAACCUUGAGCCCGUUUCUCUCUCAUACCAUCUAUUGCUAAUUAGAAACAUGCAGGUCUCUCAAGUGUGAAUAGUUUUAGGUGAGGAUGCCACUUAUCUGUAAGAUUGAGGAGGAGGAGGCUAAGUCACUAGUCAAAACUGGAUUCUAAUGGGCAGAGAAGAAAUCAUCCAAGUGGACUUAUCUGGAUCAAUUCUUUUCUCCAUUAAAAGGGGAUAAGUUACCAACUCCUACUUAACAUCAUUCCAUUUGUACCACCAGUAUACAGAAAUAAUCAUUGUUGCCCCAAAUUCAUUACAUAGCCACUUUUCUGUCGAUGGGUAGAUCUACCAAAUUUCCAUCUUUUUGGGGGCCCCUUUUGGGACAGAAGGAAAGUAGGGGGUUAUGGGACCAGAUAAAUUAACUUACGUAUUGGCAUCUUAAGAAUGGAGUGUGGACCAGCUAAGAGUGCUUUGGCUGUCUCUUUCCAUACACUUAUUCAUUUAUUGAGACCAAUAAAUAUUUAUUGGUUAUAUUUAAUUUAGGCUGGCCUCGAGUGUGCUGUAUAAUUAAGGCUGGCCUUGAGUUCCUGAGGCUCCUGCCUUUGCCUCCUCAGUACAUGUGCUACUUACCUAGUAUUAACCAUACCUGGCUAAUUUCCUUCCUAAUCACUGACUAUCUAAGGAGUUAGUUAUCAGUAGUGACUUUGAAAGACUACAGUCACCGCUGAAUGUUUAGAAUGUACUUGCCAACUUUCUCUCCAAGAAGCUGCUGCCCUCAAUGCACUCAAUGGUGCUUCCUUAGAGCUGAUAUGUAUCUGUUGCUUUGCAGCCAUUCCAGCUGCACACAAAUAGAAAUGCGGUGAGUGGCAGGAGCAUCUUCAAGAAGAGAACGUUCUUCCUUUGGGCUAGUUUGGGGAAAGGAAGAACCAUCUCAUGUUUUCCCUGAAACAGUGUGUUACUGUAGUGUAACUCAUUAAGAGGAACAGCAGACAAUCAAGUUAUAAUGGCAGAGACAAGUCUGUUAGAGGCUGGAGCCUCUGCAGCCUCCACAGCCACUGCUCUGGAGAACCUGCAGGUGGAAGCAAGCUGUUCUGUAUGCCUAGAAUAUCUGAAGGAGCCAGUUAUUAUUGAAUGUGGGCACAACUUCUGCAAAGCGUGCAUUACCCGCUGGUGGGAAGACCUAGAGCGGGACUUCCCUUGCCCUGUCUGUCGGAAGACAUCCCGAUACCGGAGUCUCCGGCCUAACCGACAGCUAGGCAGUAUGGUGGAAAUCGCCAAGCAGCUCCAGACGGUCAAGCGGAAGAUCAGAGAUGAAAGCCUCUGCUCCCAGCACCACGAACCUCUUAGCCUUUUCUGCUAUGAAGACCAGGAGGCUGUCUGUCUGAUAUGUGCAAUUUCUCAUACCCACCGGCCCCACACCGUCGUGCCGAUGGAUGAUGCUACACAGGAAUAUAAGGAGAAACUUCAGAAGUGCCUGGAGCCCCUGGAACAGAAGCUGCAGGAGAUCACCUGCUGCAAAGCCUCCGAAGAGAAGAAGCCAGGGGAGCUCAAGAGACUGGUGGAGAGCCGCCGGCAGCAGAUCUUAAAGGAGUUUGAGGAGCUGCACAGGCGACUGGACGAAGAGCAGCAAACACUGCUUUCACGACUGGAGGAAGAAGAACAGGACAUUCUACAGAGACUUCGAGAAAAUGCUGCUCACCUUGGGGACAGGCGCCGGGACCUUGCCCACCUAGCUGCUGAGGUGGAGGGCAAGUGCUUACAGUCAGGCUUCGAGAUGCUUAAGGAUGUGAAAAGUACCCUAGAAAAAUGUGAGAAGGUGAAGACCAUGGAGGUGACUUCAGUAUCCAUAGAGCUGGAAAAGAACUUCAGCAAUUUCCCCCGGCAGUACUUUGCCCUAAGGAAAAUUCUUAAACAGCUAAUUGCUCCACUCUGGCUUCUUCCGCCAGCGGAUGUGACUCUGGACCCCGAGACGGCUCAUCCUAACCUCGUCCUGUCAGAGGAUCGGAAAAGUGUCAAGUUUGUGGAGACAAGACUCCGAGACCUCCCUGACACACCGCAGCGUUUCACUUUCUACCCUUGUGUCUUAGCUACUGAAGGCUUCACCUCAGGUCGACACUACUGGGAGGUGGAGGUGGGUGACAAGACCCACUGGGCAGUAGGAGUAUGCCGGGACUCUGUGAGCAGAAAGGGCGAACUGACUCCACUCCCUGAGACUGGCUACUGGCGUGUGCGGCUGUGGAAUGGGGACAAAUAUGCAGCCACCACCACGCCUUUUACCCCUUUGCACAUCAAGGUGAAGCCCAAGCGGGUAGGCAUAUUCCUAGACUAUGAGGCUGGCACACUGUCCUUUUACAACGUCACAGACCGUUCACAUAUCUACACCUUCACUGAUACUUUUACUGAAAAACUUUGGCCCCUCUUCUACCCAGGGAUCCGGGCCGGUCGGAAGAAUGCUGCACCACUUACCAUUAGGCCCCCAACAGAUUGGGAAUGACAAGAGAUGCAGUGUAAUUGGGGUGAGGCAGGGUCAAGAGCGGUGGGCCUUCCUAACUGGCCUGCUAGAAUAUCUUGGUGUCUCCGUGGUUCCAGUCUUGAGCCAUCUUGAGAAACCACCUCGCAUCUGGGAUGGUUUGUGUGAGGAGUAAAGAUAGGACUGGGCUGCAUGACCAAGCACAGAUGAGUGUCCCGCGGGUUUCCUAGUGCACGGGGACAGGUUGAGAAAGCAAAAGCUUUCCAGAAACAAAGUCUAUAGGAAAGGGUCUUAACUUGCUUAAAAUGCAGGAAACAGAAACCUUUAAAAGGCUUCUGUGACGCAGAAUAGCCUUGUUCCUUGUGGGAGCGCAUAGGGAUCUGUAUACCUCUGUGUUGGAAAGAUGAGUGGCAGUUGCUGUCAUGAGUCUAGAAGUUGAGGGGCUUUUCUGGGGCCAGAGAUUGAGCAUUAAAGUUAGGAGAAGGAUCAGGGAAGAGGCUGAAGGAAUGUUUCUAGGAUGAAUGAAUGGAAGGGGGAUUUCUUUGGUCUCUUUUCUUCUUAGGGUAAUGCUAUCAUUACCCAUAGGAUUAGCCAGAGGUUCAGAUUUGGGGAGAAGGAAAGGAUAGGGAAAAAGGAGACUCCAUGUCCCAAAGGCUUGGGUUAUUCCUGUUUCCUGCAGUUGGCUGGCUCUAAAAAGUACGCUCCUCUUGCUUCCUUCUAAAGGUGAGAUGGAAGCAAUUCUGCAAGACAUACAUCUGAGCCGGGCGUGGUGGCAUACUCGGGAGGCAGAGACAGGCAGAUUUCUGAGUUCAGGGCCAGCCUGGUCUACAAAGUGAGUUCCAGGACAGCCAGAGCUAUACAGAGAAACCUUGUCUCAAAAAACUCAAAAAAAAAAAAAAAACAAAAAAAAAAAACAUACAUCUGUCCUUCCAUUGUUUCCCAAGGCAACUUGGAGAGGAGUCAGAUAUUAGAGGAGAGAGAAAGGUGUAGCCAAAGCCUUUGUCUUAAGGAAUGUUACUAAGUGGUUAUUCACAAGUUGUCCACCUUGCCCCCUGGCUCAAAGAUCUAAGGAAAGAAGGGAAAGUGAUGGAGUCUUUCUCACCCAUGAGAACAGGGUAGAAGAGGGUGGUUUGUGUAGCAAAGGGCCAGAAGACAGCUAAGCUUCUAUUUCCAUCCUUCACCCUUUGACAUUCCCCUUUUCAGAGAAUGUAAAUUAUUUUAAUUUUAGGCCAAAAUAAACAACCCAUAGGGUACAUAUUUUGUCACAAAAGGUACCAGUGCAUGCCAAACCAAACAACCUGGAUUAUCUGCUGCCUGGGUAAUCUUCACACAAGACUGAGACAAGAAACUGCAGUGAGGGCAUUCAGUUCCUCCUACCACCUCAACAGGACUUUGUCCACUCUCCUCUUACCUUUGUGCCUUGACUGUGGUUCUUUGUGGCAAGAUAAUUUGGUUGGUGAAAAUAUGGAACAAAGGAUCCACUAAUGUGAUCUCUUGAGUUGCGUGGUAAUUUGGCAGUGGUCUUAUAUGAGAGUGGAUGGGUGUGGAAACUGUUCUUGAAACUCACCUGUCCUUAAUGGAAGUUUGGGUAAGCUUAGGAAUCCACAUUUUAAUACACUCCCCUCAUUUGCCUCUGAAGGCCCAUAUAAAACACCCAGGGUACGUUUCAACUAAUUGCCUAACUCUGAGCCAGCGGUCUGGUUCUCCACAGAUCCCGGCAGGGGCCUGGAUCUCUCUGCUUCUGACCUUAGCCAGUAACUGGGAAUCAGAAGUAAACACCAAGCCAGGUUGAAUAAAUGAGAAAAGGUCAGAGGAAGGAGGGUGAAGUAGAUACUAAUAAAUAGCCGAGGAGACCGGCCAUGCUGUUUGGUUAUUUGUGCUAUAAAAUAUUUGUGCUGUUCUUGUAGCUACUAGCCCUUGGAACAGCAAGUGCCUUUAAUGAGGAGAAGUGGGAGAAAGGCAAGGAGCUCUUUGCUUAGGGAUGUUUUGUCCUGUUAACUUAUUUCCUCCCUUGUGAUCUGAUCUUUCAUACUUUCAGGUCCAUGGGCACUAAUGCUUUUUAUUUUUGAGACAGGGUCCUGUAAUUUAUGGUAGUCCUACCUCAACCUCUCCAAUGGUGAUAGCCAGAAUAUAACACCAGUUAUUCUGGGCAUUGUCUGUUUUGUUAUGUUACAUCAGUCCAUAGAAGUCCCAAGCAUCUACCCUUGGCUUCAGGAGAGUAAGACAAAGUCUAACCCAAUGUCCACCGCAAACAAUCCUCUUUCCAACCAUAAAAGACAGGACUUCGGUCCUGUUAUGUUUAUGUGCUUUAAGAUCCUUUGCCUGCUCCACUAGACGCUGGGCCCUACCUAAUACGUGAGGGAUACCAAACUAGGGCUGCCUGCACACACAAGACCAGUGGGGUUGUCUGGUUUCUGACAGAAGCUGGUGUGGGGCUGCGGGCCCCCGCACUACAGUUCCCAGCAAACCUUGCGCACGUCUGGGGCGGGACAUCCGCAAGGAGGGGCA